AUGGCAUAUGUCAAGGUUGUGAAGAAUAAAGCCUACUUUAAAAGGUAUCAAGUGAAAUAUAGGAGAAGAAGAGAAGGGAAAACCGAUUAUAGAGCUAGAAAAGCACUAAUAUUGCAAGAUAAGAACAAAUACAAUGCACAAAAAUUGCGAUUUGUUGUUAGAAAAACGAACUGUCAAAUAAUCUGCCAAAUAGCUAGUGCACACAUCGAAGGAGACAAAAUAUUAGCAGAGGCAAAAUCGAAAGAAUUAAUCAGAUAUGGAAUUCCAGUUGGGUUAAAAAAUUACGCAGCUGCAUAUGCAACUGGGUUGUUAUGUGCAAGAAGAUAUUUGAAGUCAUUAAAUUUAGAUACACAUUUUAUAGGGGUAGAAAAGAUAACAGAAGAUAUGAAUGAGAACAAUGAUGAAAAGGAUGAUGAUGAUGAAGAAAGAAAACCUAUAAAAGCCUUUUUAGAUGUUGGUAUAACAAGAACCACAACAGGAAAUCGAGUUUUUGCAGCAUUGAAAGGUGCAUGCGACGGUGGUUUGAACAUACCCCAUGGCACCAAUAGAUUUCCAGGUUCAAAAAAUGAAUUUAACCCUGAACAAUUGAGAAAAAAUAUUUUAGGUAUACAUGUAGCAGAAUAUAUGAAAACAUUACAGGAGGAGGAUAUGGAUAAGUACAAAGCCCAUUUCAAUGAUUAUAUAAAAAAUAAAAUUGAUCCUAAUAAUAUUGAACAAAUGUAUCUUACAGCUCAUGAAAAAAUUAGAAAAAAUCCAGAAAAAAUAGAAAAAAAGAAAGAUAAAGUGAAGAAGUUUGUAGCUAAACAUGAGAAACCAAAGAAACUUAACGCUAAGUUGAGGAAGAGACGUGUUAAGGAAAAGUUUGUCCAAAGGUGGAUAGAAAUCCCAUCCAAAUAA